AUGUAUUCUGACCUCGACCCGGGUCAGAUUACAGGUCAGAUAACAUCAGAUCAAGUCAAAUUGCAUCAUGUCAGAUCACAUCAGAUCAGGUCAUCAUAUCAGCUCAGGUCAGAUCACAAGAAGACCAGAUCAGAUUUCAUCACGUCAUAUCACAUCAGAUCAGGUCAGAUUAAAUCAGACCAGGUCAGAUUACAUCACAUCAGAUCAGUUCAUCCCAUCAGGUCAGGGCAGAUCACAUCUCACCAGGUCAGAUCACAUCAGAUCAGUUCAUAUCACUUCAUAUCAGAUCAGAUCACAUCGGAUCAGGUAAGACCACAUCAGAUCUGGUCAGAUUGCUUCAGAGUAGAUCUCAUCAGACUAGGUCAGAUUGAUUCAGAUUAA